AUGAACCGCCGCGAGGAAUCCUCGCCUGUUGGCGAGAAGGACACCACCCACGACUCCUCCCUCCCGGUCUACGACGCAUCUGCCCAACCCGUCGCCAAAAAGUCUCGCCUCGGUGCUGUAGGACUCAUCUUCGCGUGCGGUGCAGCUCUGUUCUCAGAUGGAUACGUCAAUGCCUCCAGCGGCCCCGCCCUUACCGUGCUGUCUUAUGUCUAUCCCGACUACCCUGGCUUCGCAACCUUCGAAUCACGCUUUUCGUCUCUCGUCUUCGCCGGUACCGUCUUUGGCAUGCUGCUGUUCGGCUUCAUCGUUGAUCGUGUCGGACGACGCCAUGGCAUGUGGUUCGCCUCGAUCUGGCUCACGCUCUGGUCCAUCCUCAUCGCCGGCGCUUGGGGUGCUGGUGGCUCCGUCGGCGGUCUCUUCGCCGCCCUGUCCGCCUAUCGCUUCAUCAUGGGUAUUGCCAUCGGCGCCGAGUAUCCCAGUGGUUCCGUCGCCGCCUCGGAGAACACCGAGGGCGAAGGCGUCAACAAGAACAGACAACAGAUGUACUUCAUCAUCGCCACCAACACCAUGAUCGACCUUGGCUUCGUCGUCGCUGCACUCGUCGCCUACAUUCUUCUCCUCAUCUUCGGCAUGAAGCACCUUGCCUGGGUCUGGCGUCUCACUCUCGGCCUCGGCGCGAUCCCGCCCUUGCUCGUUUUCUUUUUCCGAAUGGGCAUGCACGAGCCCGAACAUUUCAAGAAGGGCGCGAUCAAGAAGAACGUCCCUUACUGGCUCAUCUUCAAACGAUACUGGGUCCGUCUGUUGGCGGUCUGCAUCGCAUGGUUCUGUUACGACUACGUUUCCUAUCCAUCAGGCAUCUACAGCUCUAUCAUCGUGAAGCAACUCAACCCUGCCGAUGGCGCAUCCGACUACACCGUUCUCAAGAAAUCUCUCGCCUAUUCCACCGCCCUCAACUGCUUCUACCUCCCCGGAACCAUCAUUGGUGCUCUUAUUGCCGACAGACUUGGUCCCAAAUACACUAUGAUCACCGGUCUCCUCUGCCAGGCUGUCCUUGCCUUCGUCAUGGGCGGUGCAUUCGGCCAGAUUCGUCAACACCUGGGCGGAUUCAUUGUGGUGUAUGGGCUCUUUCUGUCAUUCGGGGAGCUCGGGCCCGGAAAUAACCUCGGGCUCCUUGCCAGCAAGGCCUGUGGACCAGCAGCAGUGAGGGGCACGAUGUACGGUAUCGCUGCCGCUAUCGGAAAAAUCGGCGCUUUCAGUGGCUCAUACGCUUAUCCUCAGAUUCAGGCCGAUCUCGGGUCUCCUGACAGCAAUAUCUACUUUGCCGGACCGUUCUAUAUCGCUGGCGGCCUGGCCAUCUUCUCAGCCGCUGUUACCUUCUUCUUUAUCCCCACUAUUGGUCAAGACAGCAUGAAGAAGGAGGACGAGGCUUUCCGACAAUAUCUCGCAGACAACGGAUAUGACGUUUCUCAGAUGGGCCUUCUGGAUGCGGAUCACCCUGCCACGUUCGAAGAGGGCGCUAGAACUAGGUCCAACACGGAUUCGAUGGAGAACAAGGAGAAGGGCAACAAUGCUGUUGUCUCUUCCGCACCCGUCAAGACGUAG